GUUGCUGCAACCACAGUAAUUUUUUGACUCGCAGUAGCCAAGCAACGCGAGCGUCAGAACCUGGCACAUAGAAAGAGGAUAUAGCAAAUUCUCAAUAAUGGCCGGAUCAAUAACCAAACCCAAGAAGCCCAAGUCCAAGCGGGUGCCCACUCGCCUCCGGCACAAGAUCGAGAAGGCGUCGGCCGCGAAGCAGCGCAAGGCGAGAAAGCUCGCCAAGAAGAACCCGGAAUGGCGGAGCAAGUUGAAGAAGGACCCCGGUAUUCCGAAUCUGUUCCCCUACAAGGAGAAGCUGUUGCACCAGAUCGAGGAGGACCGCAUCCGGAGGAAAGAGGAGCAGCAGCGCCGUCGCGAGGCGGCCAAGGCGGCCAAGUCGACCGAGGCCGGCAAGAGUGAGGAAGGCGAUGAGCAAAUGGAUGAGGAUGGCAUGGACGAGGAGUUUGGGGAGGACAUGGAUGAUGUCAUGGAUGAGGACGAGGACGACAGCGACAUCGAUGAGUCCAACCCGCUAGCUGCUCUUAUCGCGAGCGCGAAGAAGGCUGCCGAGAAGUACGACAAGGAACUGGAGAGCGGUGACGAGAUGGACGAUGAUGAGGACGACGACAGCGAGGAUGACGAGGCUGGUGCCAUCGAGGUACAGGGCGGCGCGUCGUCGCGCAAGGCUUACGACAAGGUCUUCAAGCAGGUCGUCGAGCAGGCCGAUGUUGUUCUCUACGUUCUGGACGCACGCGAUCCCGAGGGCACGCGGUCGCGCGACGUCGAGCGGGCGGUCAUGGCGGCUGCCGGUGGCGGCAAGCGGCUCAUCCUUGUCCUCAACAAGGUCGACCUGAUUCCGCCCCCCGUUCUGCGCGCCUGGCUCGCCCACCUGCGCCGCUUCUUCCCCACCCUCCCGCUCCGCGCCUCCAACCCGGCGCCCAACGCCCACACCUUCAACCACCGCGACAUCACCGUCCAGAGCACCAGCGCCGCCCUCUUCCGCGCGCUCAAGUCCUACGCCGCGUCCCGUAACCUCAAGCGCGCCAUCUCCGUCGGCGUCAUCGGCUACCCCAACGUCGGCAAGUCCAGCGUGAUCAACGCCCUCCUCUCGCGCCUCGGCGGCAGCUCCCGCAACCAGCGCGCAGCCUGCCCCGCCGGUGCCGAGGCCGGCGUCACCACCUCGAUCCGCUCCGUCAAGAUCGACAACCGGCUGACAUUGCUCGACUCGCCCGGCAUCGUAUUCCCCUCCACCAACCCUUCCUCUUCCGGCUCCGUCUCGACGUUCGUGCCCAAGAACGCCACCGAGGCGCACGCCCACCUGGUGCUGCUCAACGCCAUCCCGCCCAAGCAGAUCAACGACGCCGUGCCGGCCGUCACGCUGCUGCUCAAGCGGCUGUCGGCGGCGCCGGCGCUGAUGGAGCGCAUGACGCAGGUGUACGACCUGCCGCCGCUGCUGCUGAACCCGGAGAGCGGCGACGCCACGACCGACUUCCUGGUGCAGGUCGCCCGCAAGCGCGGCCGCCUCGGCCGCGGCGGCGUGCCCAACGUCGCCGCCGCCGCCAUGACCGUCGUCACCGACUGGCGCGACGGCCGCAUCCAGGGCUGGACCGAGCCCCCCGUCGUCGGCGCCGCCGGCAAGGACGGCGUCGUCAAGAUCGCCGACGAGGAGGUCAUGGCCGACCAGAAGGUUAUCGUUACCCAGUGGGCCGAGGAGUUCAAGCUGGAGGGGCUGUGGGGGGAUGACGAGGCGGGGGAUGAGGCGGAGGAGGGGAAGGAAGUCGAGAUGCAAUAAAUACCUGUUAUCCUGUCUUUACGAGUACUACUAUAGCUGGUCUUUUCAGGGGUGGGGCGUUGCGGCGUCGAAAAUAAGGGGGAGAUAUCGUAGAUGGGGGGACACAUGUUUAGCAUGAUAAUGCGAUUUAGCUUCUUU